AUGAACACUUCUUAUGACCAUCAGCUGAAACACACAAUUAGAAAAUUGAGUGAAACUCCACACCAACAGGCGUGGUCACCAGUUAGAACUCCACUCCUAACAGCAUAUAAGGAGUUUUCCAAGUAUGCUGAAUGGUUCCCAAACGGGUCGACAUCAGAGAACGCUGUUUCAUCCGGCUUCGCAGUUAUAUCGGGAUCAGGAGAAAUAUUGGGUGUAUAUAGAACCGCGGGAUUUGUCUCAUCCUUUUGUGUCGAGGCCAUGGCUAUUCUGGAAUCUUUAAGAAUCAUUCGGAGUAAGAAAUGGAAAGCUGCUACAAUUUUUUCGGACUCGAAAUCAACUAUUUCAGCUAUUAAAGCUGAAUUCAAACCAAAUCAUAGCUCACACAUCAUUUUGGACAUAAAGGAUAAUCUUUGGAACCUAAAACAAGAGGGCUUCUCGGUGAAACUCGUGUGGAUUCCGAGUCACAAAGGUAUCCCGGGAAAUGAAAGAGCUGAUAUCGCUGCCAAGCAAGCCAGUAUCUCAGGGCAAAGGUCAAACAACGACAUCCCGAUAAGAGAAGCUAAGAACUUGUGGAAAAAAGUCACUCGACAGGAGUCAGAAAAAUGGUGUCGAGAAAAAAGUCAGUUUCGAGGAUCAUAUUAUUUUACAAAUUUUGAGACCGCGAGCAACCAUUCGUGGUUUGACACAUAUAAUCUCAGGAGAAGAAUUAUCACGUCUAUAAAUAGAUUAAGAAGUGGACAUACUUCUCUGCAUGCCAGUCUUUUUCGCUUCCUCAUAGUAGACCUGCCUAACUGUCCUUAUUGUGGGGAGUACGAAACUCCGGAACAUGUCUUUUGGUCGUGCUUUAAAUACUCUGAACAGAGACUCACCCUUUUAAAUGAUUUAUCAAAGGUCUUGAGUUUCGGACCAUAUUCGCUUGAGUAUCUGUUGUCUCUUCCUUCAUCAGAAAUUUUAUACGCUUUAGAAAAAUUAUAG